AUGGGUCGUCGUCCUGCUCGUUGCUAUCGCUACUGUAAGAAUAAGCCUUACCCAAAAAGCCGUUUUUGCCGCGGUGUUCCGGAAUCAAAGAUCCGAAUUUUUGAUCUUGGUCGCAAAAGAGCUACCGUUGAAGAGUUUCCUCUAUGUGUCCAUCUUGUUUCUGAUGAAUAUCAACAGAUUUCAUCCGAGUCUCUUGAGGCCGCACGUAUUUGCGCCAACAAGUACAUCACAAAGGUGUGCGGAAAAGAUUCAUUCCACAUGCGUGUCAGAGUGCAUCCAUUCCACGUCAUUCGUAUUAACAAAAUGUUGUCUUGUGCUGGUGCUGAUCGUCUUCAAACAGGUAUGCGUGGUGCCUUUGGAAAGCCUUACGGAACCGUUGCUCGCGUAAAUAUUGGACAAAUUAUCUUCUCCGUCCGUGCCAAAGAGGCAAACAAAGCUGCGGUUAUUGAAGCUCUUCGCCGUGCCAAGUACAAGUUUGCCGGUCGCCAAAAGAUCAUCAUCUCUAAGAAGUGGGGCUUUACAAAGCUCAAUAAGGCAGAGUUUGUCGAAGCGCGCUCCAAUGGGCUGCUUGAAAACGACGGAUGUUAUGUCAAGUACUUGAAUAAUCAUGGGCCUCUCAAAGCAUACUUUAAACGCCAGGCCAAGCUCCUUCUUUAA